AUGUGGGAACCUUGCGGGAACAUGGAGAAGUCGUAUUGGUGUAAAUACUCUAAGCCUUCAAGUUACAACACGCCGUGGCCGCUCGCUGACGGAUGGGGUAAUGACUCAGGCAACGAAGUUUUUGUUUUGGACAUGCCGGAAGAAUGCUACUCGGGGGCUUCAUCGGGACAGCAGGAAACGACUGCUAUGACGUUUCACAAUCUUACAAGCGCUAAAGUAGGUGUGAUGGAACGAUAUUUAAGUCUGAAACAUGGGCCCACAGCUUCGCAGGUCCUCCAAAGAAACCCGAAGUUCAAGUCACUCUUUGACCAACUUAGUUUUGGGCCUCAAGCGAGAGAAGCAGCUGCUGUAGCUCUUAUGAACAUCUCUGCAGAGUCUGAUCCUCAUUGCUUCACCGCUCAGCCACAAAGGUCAUUUUUGGGAAAUGACAAUGCAAUUUUCUUUACGGACGAGGACAUGGAGGUCCCGUACCCGGACCAUAGGAGGCCGCUUUAUUUGGAGGGUGAGGUCACCGUUGGGUACAUGCAAGUAAAUUUGAAGGUUGGGCCAAUUCGGUCACUUACCAAGUUCUAUGUCGUAGACGUGGAUGUAGCUUACCAUGCUUUGCUUGGAAGGCCAUGGCUCAACAAGCAUAAGCUUAUGGUCUCUACUUAUCAUCAAUGCGUGAAGGGAAGGAUUGGGCUAAGACCAGUACGCAUACCUGGAAAUCAAGCACCGUUCAAUAAAAAUAAAGCUCACUACUUCGAGGCAGAAUUUUACACCGAAUGCACAGGUGCUGGAAGCUGCCCAUCCAAGGAUUUCGGGACCUAUCUUCCUUCAUGGACUGAAAUUCGUGAUCUAAGCAACGAGGAACUCAUCACCAUUGUCGAUCGAGAAAGAAUGAAGCACUCGGAAGUCAACAAUCAUGCCUACGAUCAUCCUCAAUGCUUGAAAGUAACAUUGCCAAAUGGGCGCACCGUAUAUCGCUGA